GGGAAGGAGCAGCAAAACCUUCUGUCAAGCUCCCCUUUCUCUUCUAUGCUGCAGUCACUCCCCAGCUGACGUGUGCCGGUGCCCUCGGCUGCACACGCCUGUGUGCAGAGUGACCCACGCCAACAGCCUUUUCCCCACCUGGAAGCGAGUGCCUCACCCCUAUCCUGCUCGCUUCUCCUCAGAGCCACCCAGCCCCACUGCUGUGACAGCGCAUGGCAUGGCCAGUGGCCGGGGCAUGAGGGCAGGGACAUGGGCAUCCUCCCCGUUUCGGAGCGGGUAUCCUGGAACACAUCCUUUGCGGGGCCGGGCACCGGGAGCGGGCCCCUCUCCGGCCCCUGGUACAGCACACACGAGACUCAGCUCUUGGGAGUUUUACUGGCUGCUGCUUCAAAUUUUCUGAUUAGUGUGUCUUUGAAUAUACAGAAAUGUGCUCAUCUCCGACUGGCUUGUCAAAUGGAGCCGAAGCCCUACUACAUGAGCAAGCUAUGGUGGUGCGGGAUUACCCUUCUGGGCCUUGGAGAGGUGGGCAAUUUCACAGCCUACGGAUUUGCACCCAUUGCCCUUGUCGCUCCACUGGGAUGUGUAUCAGUCAUCGGUAGUGCAUUUAUUUCUGUCUUAUUCCUAAAGAAGACCAUGAGGGCUGCUGAUAUAUUGGGAGGAACACUGACAGUAACAGGGACAUACUUGUUGGUGACAUUUGCUCCAAACGUACCCCAAGAGCUCACAGCAAGACGAGUACAGAAUUACUUAGUGAGCUGGCCCUUUUUGGUAUAUUUGAUUUUAGGAAUUAUAAUAUUCUGCAUUCUCCUCUAUUUUUACAAAAGAAAGGCUGCGAAACACAUCGUGGUUUUGUUAAUGAUGGUAGCACUACUGGCAUCGCCGACUGUCAUUGCUGUAAAGGCUGUGGCCAGCAUGAUAACACUCUCUGCGAAGGGGAAAAUGCAGCUAACUUAUCCUGUUUUCUAUAUCAUGAUUGUUUUAAUGGCAAUUUCUUGUGCUUUCCAAGUCAAGUUCUUGAAUCAAGCAAUACAUCUGUGCAAAGUGACAGCAGUUGUGCCCAUUAAUUUUGUGUUCUUCACCACCAGUGCCAUCAUUUCAGGGGUCAUAUUUUAUCGGGAAUUCCAAAGUGCAGCUUUGCUGAGUGUGUUCAUGUUUCUGUUUGGGUGUGUCCUGUCUUUUCUUGGUGUAUUUGUAAUUGCAAGAAAUAAAAAAGAGGAGCAUGUACAAAUUCCUUUUAUUGACUAUGGACAUAUUCCUGGACAAAAAUUGACAGGCAAAAUACAACCAGAUUCUCACAUUUCAUGCUAUGGCACUUUGAAUAAUGAAGAUGACUCAGUGAAAAGUCAAAACUGAAAGAAGCAGGCACCUUACAUGACAAUUAACAGGAGGUACACCACUGGAACAAGGAUCAUCAGCACCAUUUUAUUGGACAUAUUCAAGUAUAUGUUGAACUUCCGUAUGUUGAUGAGUCAAAGUAUUAUUUAAUCCUACUUAAUUUAUCCCAAGGUUGUUCCAAAUGUGUUCCGAAGAUAAAGGAAUCCUUAAGAAAAACUAAAUAACCAUUAAUGAAAUGGAAGUUCUCCUAAUAUCAAUGCCUCUUGGGGAUAUUUUUAGAAUCUUAAUUGUCUUGAAAUGCAAAUAAGCACAGAACAAGAUUAUAAAAAAAUUCCCCUUUGAAACCCCUCAGAUCUCUGUAGAUGCUUAAAGACAAAGUUGAGAAAUGAGAAGAAUUUUUGUAAGUGACUUCAAAGUAUUCUGCUAUAUGUAUAAUCCCUUUAAAAAUCUCAUCUUUCCUGUUCAGGUGUCAAAACUGUGGGCAUAUAUACAGUAUACACAAUGUGUACACACAAAGUAUUUUAUAUUAUGUGUAGAGGGAAGAUCCUGUUUAUCUUCUGCCAGCAGAUUAAUUCUCUUAUUUUCCUAGGAAAUAAACAGUUGUGUGAGGAGGGGGACAGAAGACAGUAUUUGCCAUAAACGUAUGUACAUGCGCCCAUGCACACAUUUGAGGUGCCCAGCCAAGGCAGAGCUGCUAGGGAACCAUGCUUGACAUUUUACAUCUUCCCUCCAAGGGGAGUCCUGUGCACUGGGCUGGACUGAACUGGGCUAUACUACCUGUUAGUAUAGUCUGUCCUGAGAUUUAGACUCUGUUUUCAGGAAAACAAGGUUUUAGUGAAAAAACUAACAAGCUCUCCAGAGGAAAUGGGGUAGCCUGGCUCUCUCCUUUGAUGUGUGUUGGAAAAAUACUCCCAAAAAAGAAAACUAAGGCAACUCCUGCCUCCUUCCUAAACCACUGGUAAUCCUGCCUGAGGAAAGGCUGUAAAAAACAGGAUCACAAAGAGUCAUGAUAACAGUACAGUUUUUCCUUCAUUAAAUGGUAGCGUCUCCACACUGGUUUGAAGAGCCAGCAGUGAUGGGAACCAUGGCAAUACAGGCUCUGUGUUCAGGUCUGGGAGGUCUUGGUGUCUCAGUCCCAGCCUCCUGGUAAGAAAGCUGCUUCUGGGCAUUCAUCAUGGGUCCACUUACCCCUACCUGGUAGCAUCAAUCUACCUCAGCUGGCAGAGUGGGGUCAGACAUUUUCUCUGCAGAAACAGGUGAAAAUGCUCUUAGAAAGUGUUUGUAUCUUGGACAAGAUACUUGUUUUAGGUUUGAAUUAAUCUGCAGUAAUGGACAGGGGCCGUAGGCUGUGUGUAUUUUGUUUCAGUGGGAUAUGAGGAAAUGAGGUCUCCUUUUUUACCCAAAUAAUUGUUUAUUUCAUUUAAAAAUAGGUACAGCUGAAGAUCUGUAAGACAGUUUCAUUUCAAACCCUACAAAGCACACUCAGUGCUGCAGUUUUUCCUAUACAGCAAUGUCCCUGGAGCCAGGGUGCGGGGGGGGGUGGUGGUUUGUGAAGCUGUUUUCCAAUGUGGAUCUUUUCCAGCUGGCACAGGACGAGACUUUGUGUCUGCACCUUACUUGUACCAGCUGCCUGGACGUGGCCUUCCUUUCCCCUCUUACAGCUUGAGUUCAAGUUUCUAAAGCUUAAAAUAAAAAAAGCACAUUCUUUUCAUAUGCUUUCUCCAGGGAGUAAGGGCAUGCCUCUAUCUUUCUUUUACAAGUCAAAUUUAAGCCGCUUUCUAAGUCUCAAGUGCAAGUGUGCGCUGAAGAUGGAAAUAGGAGGCCUACAGGUUUUCAUUCUGUGACCUGGGAAACAAAUGAGUGAAAGGAUUUGGUUUCAUUU